UUCAUACCGAUGGCUCGUCUGCAUCAAAACGGUACUAGCUCUGGGUGGCAUGUUCAGGCGUCCAAGUUAUCUUUGAUGACUAGCAAUCCUAUAAGAGAAGUAGUAGAAAACCUGAAACUAACUCCCAAUCCGGAUAAACCGUUUAUUACUCUUUCAAUUGGUGACCCCACGUGUUUUGGAAAUUUUAGGCCCUCUAAUCUUACUCUGAAUGCUGUUAAGGAUAGUUUACGCGUAAAAGAAAGUUGGAAUUACGGUCAAACUGUUGGAAACCUGAAAGCAAGACAAGCGGUGGCCGAAUAUUACAGUGCUCGUCAAAAUUCCGUGUCUGCAAAUGACGUUGUGCUUUGCAGCGGUUGUUCUCAUGCCAUCGAUAUUGUAAUAUCAGUCAUAGCAUCUCCGGGGCAGAAUAUAUUGGUGCCACGGCCCGGUUACAUGAUCCAUAAAACUAUUGGCGAAGGAUUAGGAAUUAAGAUGAAAUAUUACGAUUUAUUGCCUGAUUGUAAUUGGGAAGUCGAUUUAGAACAUUUAGAAAAUCAAAUUGACGGAAAUUCCGUAGCGAUUGUUAUAAACAAUCCUUCUAAUCCAUGUGGAUCCGUAUAUACAAAAGACCAUUUACGAGAAAUAUUGAAAAUAGCUUCAAAGUAUCGUGUACCUGUAAUAGCUGAUGAAAUAUACGAAAAUUUUGUUUUUUCGGGAUACAAAUACACUGCGAUGUCGUCAUUGUCUGAUGAUGUUCCUAUAAUAACAUGCAGUGGAUUAACGAAAAGAUUUUUAGUUCCUGGUUGGCGGAUGGGCUGGUUCAUUAUUCAUGACAAACAUAACGUCUUAGCCAAAGACGUUAGAAGGGGUUUGCUCAAUAUGUGUGCCCGAAUUCUCGGACCAAAUACAUUGAUUCAACAAGCUUUACCAGCGAUAUUAAAGAAUACCGAGGAAGAUUCAUUCAAUGAGAUGAUGUUAUUUAUAGAGAAUCAAGCUAAACGUGCAUGUAAAAUGUUGAAGAAUGCUCCCGGCUUACGACCGAUUAUGCCCCAGGGAUCUAUGUAUUUAAUGGUUCAAAUUAAAAUCGAGUAUUUUCCAAAAUUCACUGAUGAUUUUCAGUUUAUUAAACAAUUAUGUUCCCAGCAGUCAAUACUUUGCAUUCCUGGAAAGUGCUUCAAUUAUCAAAAUUUUAUGCGUAUCGUGCUCACGGUGCCUGAAAAUAUAUUAAUUGAAGCUUGUGGUAGAAUUAUUGUUUUUUGUAAGACACAUUUUACCGAUGUUCACAAAAUUAUUUAGGUAUUGGAUGAAUGCAUUUUUUUUUGCAUAUGUUAAAAUGGUAACGUAUACUUAUCAUAUUUUAAAAUUGACUAGCAAAGUGCGAAAAUUUUAUCAGAAUAAAAUACGUCAUCAAAUUAAA